ACGCGGCCACACGCUUUGUCAUGCAAAUAGGCGGAGCCGCUAUAUUUAAUGCGGUUUCGUGGGCAGAAAGUGGGACAAGGCACUCAGUAAAGCGAAGUUUAGCAGAACACCACUAAAAAUGACCGCGUCCAGUCUGGAUAGCACGCCCGACAGAAACUGCAGUGCAAAGGAGGAGAGAAAGUUGAGGAAACCUCUAAUUGAAAAGAAGCGAAGGGAGAGGAUCAACAACAGCCUGGAUCAACUCAAAUGCAUAAUGGUGGAUGCCUACAAUCUAGAUCAAUCCAAACUUGAGAAAGCAGACGUGUUGGAAAUCACAGUGCAGCAUAUGGAAAGUUUACAAAGAAAUAAUUUAUUAGCUGGUGGACAGCAUGGUCUUGAGGCACAACAGAGAUACAGCAGUGGUUAUAUACAGUGCAUGCAUGAGGUGCACAACCUGUUACUUAACUGUCAAGGUAUGGACAAGAAAGUGGGUGCACGCUUACUCAACCAUCUCCUAAAGUCCCUGCCACAGAUCUGCAGUGAUGUGGCUACAGCUCCCAGCAUGGCCUCCCCUAAAGUUUUAUCACCUGGUCACCCGGCAGCCUCCAUCUACCCACAAAUGACUGUGUCCAGGGUCCAUGAUGGCCAUCCUGGUGCUCUUCUGCAAGGGGUUCAGCUGCCAAACACGCAGAUGUCCCCACCUGUUCAGCAUAGAACUGAUGUGGACCGUGCCAGAAGUGUGGAAAAUCUUUCAUCACCACCUGGAUCACCUGAACAUGGCCAUGGAAAUUCUCCAGUGCAUCAUCAAUUGCAAUCAUUUUUAGGCAGUGACUCCUCAAUGUGGAGACCGUGGUAGAAGAAAAACAUCAAAUCAGAACUUUAUUUAUUAAUUGAUGUGGGACUGCAAAGUGUCUUUCUAUUUUGUAAUUAAAAUGUUAAUUUUGCUAUA